AUGGCAAAAUCCGGUCUCUUAUACUUCUUCGUCUUGGUUAGCAUCGCUCUCCUCGUAUUGGCAAUUACUCCUGUCAACCAUGCAGUUCCAAUUAAAGCGGCCAAAUCAGGUGAAGGAGAGGCGAGUAAAGUCCAAAAGAGUAAACAAAGUCAAAACAUCUGUGAUGGUAAUCAAAUCAACAAAGACUCCCAUGACAUUUCUCAACAAGAAUGCGCCACUAAUGUUGAAGCUAAAGAUAUUAAGGAUAGUAAAGUUGGAAAUCUCGACAUCAAGGCCUCACAAGACAGUGAUCAAAAAGAGGAUUGA